AUGCUGCACUGCCCUCUGCCAUUCGUUCCCAUCACUCGCACUCCCCCGGUUACCUCUACCUCAGCAGAUGUCAGCUCCUCACAUCUCCGCCCACCAUGUAAAGCAACAGAGCGGAUUUUCCUCUGGCGAGGUGUGAAUCCUCCCCCGUUAUCAACUAUCGACAAUCCAGUGAUUCGCCAUAUCGCCGACCUAGCCAAUCGGGCAUCUCUUCGGGAUACUGCGAGCUAUGGCGCGGGUUUACGAAAAUUUCACUUGUUCUGCAACAUUUUCUCAAUCCCAGAAUCAGACCAUCUCCCAGCUUCAUUCGAGCUGCUCCACUCCUUCGCAUUAUGGGCUGUCUCCGACCCUGAACCUGGAGAUUCGAUUCGAUCCAUCACAGGCAACAUUCCUUUCGAACCAGUCUCAGUCGGCGUUGCACGAAAGUACUUAUCCGCAGUACGGGCCUGGCAUAUAGCUCAAGGCUGGCAUCCGCCUCUGUCCGACUCUCACCACAGUCACAUUAACUGGUCUUUGCGGGGCCUCGAAAACCUACACGGUGGCCGUCGAAAGCCCCUCCGUCCUCCAAUUACUCUAGCAAUGCUUAUGGCACUCAAGGCCACUCUCAUUUUGUCCGAUCCCUUCAACACCUGCAUUUGGGCUAUGGCAUCCUGUGCCUUCUUUGGCAUGAUGUGUUUUGGCGAGGUCUCCGUCACCUCUCGCAUGGCAUUCACACCAUCCAAGCACCUUACCCGGGCUCACACCUUCUUUGGUUUUGACUUGCGAAGCAGCCCAUAUGCACGUUUGGACUUGCCAUCAGCCAAAACUGCAUGCACCGGGGAAAUCCAAUCAGUCUUUCUCAACGAGCAAGGUAACUUAUGCCCCCUCGCCACUCUUCACAACCUCGCACGAGUUGUUCCUGCGCUAAGUAGCGAUCCUCUAUUCUCAUGGCGAGAUAGCAGGGGCGACAUCCUUCCGAUGGCGAAAGUCUGUGCCCUAGAACGCAUCAACUCAAUCCUAAUGGCCUGGGGUUGGGGAAUGACUUUCAGGCAUUCCUUUCGCAUAGGUGGGGCAUCCUUCUACUUGGCGAAGAAAGUCGAGCCUGAAAUAGUGUGGAUCACGGGGCAUUGGAAGUCGUUAGCUUAUGAAACUUACAUCCAUGCGUUUGAACAAAUUUCAUCGCAGCACCUCGCCAAUGCAGCCUCGCUCUAA